CCAGCUCAGGAGAAUAUGAUCCUACACAUGUGCACAUGUGCCUCGACAUUUCACAUUAGGAAUGCUGACAGACUGAAACAGACACACACACACACACACACACACUUCAGUCCUUUUCUUUCUGCUCCGGACCGCCGCAGAAACACCGAACGCACACGCACUCAGCAGGUGAAAGUUUAUUCUCUUAUGUCGGAUAACAGACCUCAUGGAUCCAGAUCAGAUCCUCCGGAUCAGGAUCAGAUGAUGGAGUAUUUCACACAGCAGGUCCUGUACCUGAAGGAGAAAGCCAUGCUGCAGACGUCUGUGAGGGAAGAGAAGAAACUGCUGGUUGAAAAUGCCAAACUAAAGAAAGACAUCGAUGAUCUGAAGAAGCUCCUGCAUGAAACACAGAAGAGGAAAGCAGUAAAGCUGCAUCAGGAGAGAGUUCUAACGGCAACGAUCGCAACUAAAACUGCCCUGCUGGGGGAAACGACCCCUCCGUCACAAACGGCCCCGUCCACCCGGUCAGAGACGAGCACCACACACGCCCGACACGACGGGAGACGCAGGAGAGACAGGAGAGGUUUGGACGCGGCGCAUCUGAACAGUUCUGAGUCCGCAUGCGCUCUGAUACGCGAGCAGAAACCCGACGUGUCCCGUCUGGACCUGCGGGUCGGGCGCAUUCUGGACGUCCGGAAACAUCCAGAUUCAGCAUCACUGUAUGUCCAGGAGGUGGAGUUAGGAGAACCCGCCCCCAGAACUGUGGUCAGCGGAUUGACCAAUCACAUGCCUCCAGAACAGCUGGUUGGCUGUCUGGUGGUGUUGUUGUGUAACGUGCGGCCAAUGAAGGUACGAGGCGUUCAGUCUCAGGCCCGCCUCCUCUGCGCUGUCAAUCAAGAGAUCAUGGAACCCUUAACUCCGCCCACCACCGCUCAGCCUGGCGACAAAGUCACUUUCGAGAAUUACCCCGGUGAACCUGAGAAAGAGCUGAAUCCUAAACAGCGGAUCUGGGAGCGUUUACAGCCCGACCUGUGCAUAGAUUUGAAGGGCGUGGCCACGUAUAAGGGCGUGGCCUUUCAGGUCCGUGGGAAGGGCCUCUGCCGGGCCCCGAGCAUCAGCAACGGCGGGAUCAAAUAACAGACAAGCUUCACAAAAAAACUGACAUCUAACAUCAAAAGCUAAUCAAUAAAUUAUUAA